GAAUCCAUAGACAGUCGUUCCUCAGUCAGUUAGUAUCUUUGUCGUCGUAAUAAACGUACUUCAAAGGGCUUUAUGCUAUGGUCGAUUAAUUGGUGGUGUUAUAUUAUUUUAUUUUGUUAACUGAGCGUUUGUUCAUAAUAUUAUAACUAAAUGUGAAUGUAGAAUGGUAGCAUUUGGACUAAAGUAAACGUGAGAGGAUAUUUAGUGUUAAAUUACUGAAUUAUGGCUAGUGAUUUGAACAGUGUAAGGACAAAGUUAUGUUAAUUCUCUCCCCAUGUCACCGGGUUCCACCUAUGUACCUGGCACUUGAAGGUGCGUUACAUGGCUGUUUUAAAUUUGAAGUGUCGGUAGAGAUGGUGGAGUGAGCGAGGCGAGAUGUUACCGUGUGUGGUAUCCGUGCUGCUGCUAGGGGCCUCGCUCUUGGAUGCUCUCGAUAUAUCCCAAUGCAUUGCACCGCUUGGCAUGGAGAGCGGUUUGAUCCCAGACAAGGACCUCAGUGCCAGCUCUUCCUUCAACGACGGAAACGUGGGACCACAGAAUGGACGAUUAAAUCAAGAACUAAAAGGGGGUGCUUGGUGUCCCAAGUCUCAAAUCACCACCGAGUCGACAGAGUGGCUCGAGAUAGACCUCCACUCUGUGCACGUCAUCACCGGCACUGGCACCCAGGGGCGCUUCGGUAACGGUCAGGGGCAAGAGUAUGCGGAGGCAUACGUCCUCGAAUACUGGCGGCCGAAGCUUGGCAAGUGGGUGCGGUAUAGAGCCGCCGAUGGACAAGAAAUUCUCACUGGCAACACUAACACAUAUUUGGAGAAAAAGAACCACCUGGAGCCUCCAAUAUGGGCUUCCAAGAUACGAUUCAUUCCAUACAGUUCACAUCGGCGCACUGUCUGCAUGAGGGUCGAAUUAUACGGCUGCUAUUGGAGCGUGGGCAUCGUUUCCUAUUCAAUGCCUAAAGGCAACAAAAGAAGCAAUGGAGUAGAACUCACAGAUAUGAUAUACGAUGGCCAAUGGGGGGAGGAACUAAGAGGAGGAUUGGGACAACUCGUAGACGGCCAGUUUGGCGGCGAUGAGAUCCGGGAAGCAGCUAAGAAUUCUGCCUGGGUCGGAUGGCGGAAUGACUCGAGACCUACGCCGCCAAUCAUCACCUUCGAGUUCGAUAAAGUACGGGAGUUCAGCGCUGUCCACCUUUAUUGUAAUAACAAGUUUAUGAGGGAUGUGCAGGUAUUCUCGGAAGCGAUAAUAUCGUUCUCAAUCGGCGGUCGUCACUUCCAAAAUGAGCCAAUCCGAUAUACUUACGUGCAAGACAACAUAUUUGAAAACUCGCGGAAUGUGAGCAUAAAACUACAUCACAGGAUAGGCAAGUGGGUUCGAAUAGAGUUGCACUUCUCAGCCAGAUGGAUACUUAUCAGCGAGAUCGUCUUCGACUCCGAUGUCGCACAAGGAAACUACACACCGGAAAGCUUAAAACCACUCGGUGGGAAAGACAAAACCAAGCUCACGGCCAGCAAGGAAGUGCCCAUAUCCACUGCGCAUCAAGAGGACCCAUUGUAUAUGGCUAUAGUCGUUGGGGUGCUGACCGCCUUAGUCAUACUACUGGCUGUAGCUGUGUUCCUUAUAGUUCAUAGGCACAGGCAUAGAAAAUGCUUCGCAUCCCCACUGGCGAAGACCACAGUAUCGCAGAAGCGUACAGUUGAAAACUACAGUGGGUGCGGCACAUCUAUGCUGCCGGAGAACAAAAUGAUCAUAGACUGUGGUUUAGAUGUUAAGUCAGACGAGUACCAAGAGCCGUACCAGGCUCUUAAGUGUGCUCCAUAUUUUAGUUAUAGUACUGUACUGCUCGAAAUGAAAGACUUUGUAAAGGAUUCUAAUACAGCGCUUUCAGCAGAUAGUUCAAACUACGAUUACGCGGUGCCUGAGUUGAGUUCAGCGCCAUUGCUCACUAAGCGACGUCUGACAGACAGCUUGUCGGAUAGAGCCACGGAACUCAUGAGCGAGCAUAUGGACAAGAUGGCGGAGCUAGAGGCGCGGCGUUCUGCAGCAGGAUCAAUAAGAUCUAAACAUAGCACUAAGUCGCCGAGUCAGCAAGAGGUGUUAAUAGAUCUACAACGGCGCCUGGAAACGACCAACGUGAUCGAGUUUCCUCGUCACAGGCUGCGGAUGAUCUCCAAACUGGCCGAGGGUGCAUUUGGCACUGUUUACGUGGCGGAAGCAGACGGAGUGCCGGAGUAUAACGGGACCAUCACAUCUGAGAAGAGACUUGUGGCGGUAAAGUUCUUGUGCCACGACGCCACCCUUAAGGAGAGGUAUUUCAUGGAGGAAUUCGAACGGGAUGUUCGCAUAUUGGCGGCGUUGUCUUCCCCCCACCUAGCCCGAGUGUUGGGCGCCUGCAGGUCUCCUCCCCUCGCCGUGGUGCUCGAGUACCUAGAGUUGGGUGAUCUCUGCGCUUUCCUACGCACUGCUGCCCCUCAGUCAACGCCCACGUUGUUGCAUAUAGCCACGCAAAUUGCUGGCGGAAUGCAGUACCUGGAGUCACUGAACUUUGUACACAGAGAUUUAGCUGCUAGAAACUGCCUCGUCGGCAAGAACUACCAAGUGAAGAUCAGCGACUUCGGUACGGACAACGAGUCGUACGCGUGCGACUAUUAUAAGGUCGAUGGGAGGAUUCCGUUGCCGCUGCGGUGGGCUGCGUGGGAGUCAGUGCUGCGGGGGAAGUAUACCACCAAGAGUGACGUGUGGGCUUUCGCCGUCACACUCCACGAGAUAUUCACGCUGUGCCGACGGCGGCCGUACGAGCACAUGACUGAGACUGAGGUGCUAGAGAACCUGUCACACCUACAAGCUGACGACGGCAUAUUCGAGUGCAUAGAACGCGCGGCGGGCUGUCCGCGCGAUCUCUACGAGCUGAUGUGUGAGUGUUGGCGCCGCGAUGAGCUCGAGAGGCCCACGUUCGCCGAAAUACACCUUUUCCUACAACGGAAAAGUCUCAAUUACGCGACCACGUGAUCCUGGCAUGCGCGAUGCUCGAAUCUGUACUCGGGCAAUUAACUAACGGCUCGGAGCAAAAGUUGAAAUCGCAUCUGUUCGUGUUAUACCGGUCAGUGUGAACAGGUCACUAGGUUUUAGAGAAUAUGCGAGUCUUAUGAUUAAUAAGAAAUUAGACGUAACACCAUGUCCAAGGGAUUGGCAUGGUACCGCGGAUAUUACAGUGUAUUCUGUGAUAUCUAAGGUGCUGUAUAUGUCUAGAUGAUUACCGCUAUUUUCUGUAACGGGCGAUAAUCAAAUGGUAAUCCUGCCUACGCUAUCGGUAUACGCUGGCGGGGUACCAGUGAGGUUUGAUAGGUGACGGUGAAAGCAGAUCCAUUGGCUCAUCGUGAUAAAUUCCACUAGAAUUAACCACCAUAGUUUCCAGGGGUAACCAUGUGGAGAUCGAUCUUAUAGGGUGUAUUGCUAGUAAUGGGGGAAUUAAUCUCCAUUACAAAAAUCCCUUUCCCUCUAAUUUUCGCUUUAUAUCAAAUAGAUCAGCGGAUUUGCUAUUCUAAGUUGCAUACAAAAUCUCAGAAAACAGGAUAUAAUGGACUCAGUAAGGAAAUAGCGGUAAUCAUUGUUAAUAUUGUAAACUAUAUUUUAUUAUAAGGUUUACAUUAGUAACACUCGCAUAUUGUCGUUUCAAAUUGUACCAUUAAUCAUCGAUUUACUUUUGAUUUACUGUAACAAAUUACUGUCAUUCGAACAGUAUUUAGUACUUAAUUAUUAUACAUUAUGUAUAUUUUAUUAUUUAGCUGGAAAUUUUCUUUUAUAAAGCUAUUAUUCUGUAAUUUUAAUUAAUAGAUUAAAUUAAAAAAGUAAAUCGAUGGUUAAUUAAGAAAACCUGUGUCAGAAAUUAAAUUACGUGUAAUGAUUAAGAAUCGUAUUAAUUUGACUUAACCAAUACUUAUGGAGUGCUACUAUUAGGCUAUGUCCUUCUUUCUAUGUGUAUAAAUAUGGUCAUUUAAGAGUCACCUAUCAAACGAGGUCAAUUAAGCUUUGAUUUGUGACAGUUAAUACUUUUAUAUUGCACGAAAGAGUUGUUUUAUGAGCGAUUGUUUAUAUACACAGUUACCUAUCCAAGGGAUUCCUGCACACAACGUUGUCCCAAUUGAUCGAUGCAAUAUAAAUGCAAACUCUAUAUCAAUAUCUUAAAGUUUAGCUUUCUGUUUCGUAUCUUAAUCGUUACUCGUAGCAUAAUUGAAAUGAAAUUAUGAAGUAGAUUCAACGUUUGCUCCGUCGUUCCUGUGCCAUAGACAAUCGCAGUUUCGUACGCUCUGGGUUCUAUACUUAUUAUUUUAUUUAAACUAUGGUUUAGACUCGUGAGGCAUAGACAAAUAACAAAUUAAUCUAAUUCUAAAUACAUUUAUUGUUUAGUUAAUUUUAACAGAAUGAGAAAUAAUGUUAUUAGAGGAUACUAUUUAUUGCAUGAUAAUGUAGUUUUCUGACAGAUUGCAAAAUAUUUUUUUUACACAUUUAGUAAAUAGUCUUGGCAUGUCUCUUUAGAAAUUGGGAAUAAUUUAUUUAUGAACGCCUAAUUAGCCUUUCAUAAAAAUUAUAAAGAAAAGAAUAUGUAAUAAUAAAUAUCUAAAUUAGAUAUUUGUUAAAUUUUAUUUUAUAUCCAUGAAAAGAGGCCAACAUUAUACUAAAUGAGUAUAUCAAGUUAGAAAAAAGAUAUAGAUGAAAUGUAAUGUAAAUGAUGUAAUGUUUAGCCCAUUGUAAAGACAUGACAGAAGAAUUAUGAAAGAUUGAAGACUGAUAAUGGGAAAACUGAAUGAAGAUAUCACUAGUUCUUACCUUAGUUCUAUAUGGAUACCUGUUGUCUUAGGGAUGUGAAAAGUGUGGCUAUUUUAUGCAUAAGUAUCUUGUAUGAAUAAACGGAAAGUAUGAGAGAAACGAAAGAGAUUUGUUGAAUGGGAUUGAAUUGAAUGGGACAGCAUGCAUAGAACAUCAUUGUCUAUGAUCCCCGAUACUAGAUCAAUUGUCUAAACAAAUAACGUUUCUUUUAAAUAAUUUCAUUUGCUACUUAUCUACUGGUAAUGAAAUAAAAAAUUACAAUGAACACAUUUUUCGAUAAACAAUAUGAAAGCUAUUUCUUUAUAUCAUAAUUUUUACGAUGAUUAAAAAAAAAGGUGAUGUCAAUGUGAUUUUUAUUUUUGUCAUUAGAAAACACUAGUGGGCACGCACUCAUAUACAACCGAGUCGGUGCGUACGAAGCUGUGGGUUGUGGCACAUUAAGUCUCUCUGUCGUAGCGUGAUAUUCUAUCUUAACUAUUUUUAUUUUUAUGUAAGCCUACUGUCGCUGUUUAUUUUAAGUAUUACGGUACUCGAACGUAUAAAACACGACUGAUUUGUAUUGGAACGGCUAUGUACUCUGAAUCAAGAAUAAGACUGAUACCAUCUUUCAUGACAUUUUAUAAUCACUAUUUCAUAAUUUCACAUGUCAUUUACAUGUCUCUUGUUAUUAAAAUGUUGAAAUUAGUACGUGUAAUGUACUACGAAAUAUAUUCAAAAUUAACAUUACAAUAUUUAUUUUUAAACUUUUUUUUAUAAGAUCUGUUCUAUCUAAUAAGAGGUUUUGUAUUUACAUUGUUUAGGGAAGUUCAAACUAACAGGACAUCAUGCUACGAUGUUUAGAUUUAUAAAUUUUUAGUUAUAAUAAUCGACUUUCACGAGUGAGCUACGAUGAAUAGACAUAUACAACCCGUUCUUCCUUCACCUCUUGAGGCUUAGAAAAGUAUUUCUAGUACACCUCACGCGUCUUCACCACGUAGAAAAUUCUUAGGUCCUUAUCUAUGACCAAAAAUGUGUUAUAUGCGGCUUUGAAAGUUUAUUUACAAAGAUAUAAAAAAAGAAAUCUAUUUAUUCAUGUAUAAAGUCUAAAUUAUAAUUGAAUUCUAUAUUUUUAUGAUUAUUCUAUCAUCUUGCACUGUCGUCAUAUAUACAGAUUUAAAUACAAACGAAUAAGUGAAACGCAUGUAGAAACAUUUUUGGUUUUUGAGUCUUACUUAUUUUUAUUUUUUGUUAUUUUGUUUUAUUUAAAUAAACUUAUAUCUAAUUUAGACAUUGUAUUGUCUUUACACAAUCUUUAUCUUUACUAUUUCGAUAACUAUGACCAUCAACAUUCUUUAUAUGAUAAAGUAAUAUAUAGAUCUCAUUUAACGUUAUUAACUUAGCCUUUUGUAACAUACAUAAUACAUUACCAGAGGGAGACUUUCUAUAAAAGUCGUUUGCUUGGGCACCUCUGUUUGAAUUUACAGGAUACAAAAGAAUAACAGCUGACCUCAGGAAUGGCAACAGAUGGGGGGUACUAUGGGCUAAACAGUAUACUCUGUUAUGUACAUGGUACUGCUUAUGUCUAUAGGCGACGGUUACCACUUUCCAUCAGGUGGGCCGUCAACUUAUUUGCCAUUCUAAGUUGCAUAAAAUUAUAUAUAUAAAAGGCUAAAUUGUAUGUUAAUAUAGGCUAAAUUAAUAAUGUUAACUGUCUGUUAUAUAGCAGUUUAUAGUAUAAGAGUAGUUAGUGGUUAUGAAGAUAGCGCAUUUUUCACACAAGCCCUAGAUUUUAUUUACAGUCGUUAAUGCUUGACAAUACUAAAUUGAAUCUUAUUCUUAUGGGAAUAGAAAACAAUAUGCCUACCCACGUCUAUACAAAGACGUGGUAGACAUAUAUCAGGUGUAAAGUUCAGUAUUCUAUACCGGGUGAAAUCAAAGGCGUUACCUUUUUUUUUAAUGGAGUGUUGUACGUUUUUAAGGUUCAGUACAAAAAUAGGUACAAAGGAAAUCUUAUGAUGCGACUGACCGUUCAUUCAUACGUCUGUCUUAUAAACUAAGUACUGAUGUUGUUGUUUUGAAAUUUGGAACAGUUUGGCAUAUUCUUUCCCAAAACAUAUUGCAAUAAGUAGUAUACAGAAUCCUCGGCGUGUGAAUUCAAGUCACACUUGACCUAACCUGGUUUUAUUAAAAGAAACAUGGGUUGAAAAUAGAAAUAAAAAUUUGAAUCUUGAAAAACAAAAAUUGUGGAUUACUUCCUAUGGGAGUCUUACAAUUUUUUGUUUACCUUAUGUAAUUGUUUCUUCAAGAAUAUCUUCUUUUUCAUUAUUAUAACUCUUCUAUGAAAAUAUUGUAAUGGUAUUGAUUUCACCGUGUAUAUAAUACCUCUAUGACAUAGGUAUUAUUUUAAAACAUCAAAUCGUAACGCCUAGUUAGAAUAGUUCGCGAUUUGUCUACCGAACUCCAACGGUGAAGACUUCGUCCGGUGUACAAUUAGAUCAAGUUACCACACUUUAUAGUUAUUUAUUUUCAUAUAAAUCAAUUCAUAAUAUGAGAUCAGUAAAUUAGUUACUAUAUAGUAAGUUGUUAGUGAUAGUAGCAUCUGGAUCGAAUGAAUUUUAUUAGGAAUAUUAAAUGUAAUAAAGUGAUAGAUACAAGUUGUCUAUUUUCCGUAGUUUGCUAUGUUGAAGUUGGGACUUAUAGCACUAUCGGAUAUAUAGAAUUAUAUCAUCGAUAUGUGAUCCUACUUAUGCACUUUUAAUAUCUAUAAAUAUUUUAUAUUUUGUAUAGCUAGUAAGAUUACAUUGUGUUACUUCCUCUAUGAUUCUAUAUAUAAAAUAGUGUAAUAAGACCCAUAGAGGAGGCAGUUAUUCUGACAAUAUAUGAUGGCGCGCGUUUAGAUAGUGUACCUCUCGCGUAGUGUUGCGUAUAGGUGCGUACUUUGGUCGACGCGGCGCCGGCGGCCGAUGUAUUUUAUGUACGUAAAUUGAGCGUUGGUUUUAUAUGAAAUAAUACUGAUAAAUGACAACCUCAACGCUCGAAUUACGCCACACAUUCUAUAUCAAUUGCGUUUGUCAUUUUCAGUUUUAAAAUUGUUCUAUAUGGUUUAUUGACUUGGUACGCAUUUGCAAUUUUGGAAGUCUGUCUCUAAAACGAAAAGCAAAAAGUAUGUUACAGUCCGAACAGUCGAGUGGCAAACGAAUGUAUGUGUUCAUUAGUGUUUGAAUGAGAAAAAAAUAGACGCCGGACGAUGCUGUUUCGUGCUAUUACAUUCACGCAGUAGCGAAACGUUUCUAUCGAUAAAUUCGUUUGCUUCUCGUUUUAAGGAGACUACAUUUGUAGUCAUUACUCUGCAUUUAUAAAAUAAAUAUUGAUCAUUAGUGUUUUAAUUUCAAUGGAAUUCCCAACCACGGGAAUUGUAAUAGGCUGUCUUUUUACCAUUGUACAGUACUACCACGUUAUUAAGUUAUCUAUAUAAAAAAUCACAAAACGUUUCACAAAGAAUUCGUUUUAUCUACUUGCAAAAAAUGCACUUAGUUUACAAAUAAAAUCUUAAAUACCGUUUACGAAAUCAACUAAUAGACCAUAUUAUCAUAUCCGCCUUUAAUUGUCCACUGCUGGACAUAAGCCUCCCGUUAGGGGGGUUUGUCAGUAGUUGCCACGCUUGGUAGGCAGAUUGCCAACCACAGUUAGGCUUUGGAGAUGUUUUAAGAGGGACGCUGCUUCUCGUCCCUCGCCCUCCUUUAAUCGCCUAUUAUAACACCUAGGGGAAAGGAAGGGAUGGCCCAUUUUAUGCCAGGAUCUAAUAGAUAACCGGUUAAUAUCGAACCAUCCUCUGAGUGGUAAACGAGACUAUCAUUUCACUACUGCAUCCGUGAGAUAAAAGCAGAUAGCAACGUUUGGUUUCAGUUCUUUCUUUCCCACGUGAGCACAGAUAAACAUGUAUUUCAUAGAUUCGUUUUCUGGGGGGUGGGGGGGGGGACACAUCUCUCCAAGACGUAAAAUACGGUAGUACUGUAACAACGAUGUUGUGUAAGCGAUAUUGUGAUGUGUUUACAUGUAAUCAGAAUUUAUUUUGGAAAUAUACAUGGCAUGCGUGUAUUCUUAAUCUUAUAAACUUUGACAAUAUUAUAUCAUGACGAGUAACUGUGUUAUAUGUAUGUACAUAAUUUAACGGUAUAUGUACUUGUUGUUUUAAAUAUUUCAAGUUACUUUAUGCUUUACGAAUAAUAUAUUUAUAUAAACAUUUGAACACAACGAGUUGAUAAUCUCCUAUCUAUAGAGAUAUAUUUUAAUUUUAAAACGAAACUCCUAUAAUUUUACCGAAGAAAUUAUUUAUUUUGUAAUAUAAAAUAUUUCGGGCGGCUUUUCACUGCCACGUUAAUCGUUUAUUUAUAUAAUAAUAAUAAUUAUGACCAAUGUGCAUAUCUGUACGUCUGUCUUAGUGCGACGGGGGAUCGCAUUGUUAAAUUCGGCGGGUGGUUGCUUAUUUUGGUCUAAGCUCUUUACACGGCCGAAUAGCGAAUCUUUCGCCAACGUAGUUAUAUUUCGUAUAAAGUAGGCGGCUAUUAGUCGUAGGUAGAAUUAAAUUUCUUGCCAUGUCUAAGAGCCAUGAUAUCUUAAACCGAUAUGGGGGAAAUGCGGGGGUUUUAAGAUAUAUUCUUUUAGGGCAUAUUUAUAUUUGUAAAAAAAUUAAACAGGCUAUUCUAAUGCGAUCCCCCGAUGUUCUAAUAGUAAGCUUGUAGUUUAUCACUAGCUCUUAUGUUCCCUAACGUGGACCGAAACGUACGGCUUAAUCUCAAGAGUCUAAAUAAGUAAGCACUUAGAUUUAAGAGCGUUUAGUUUGCAAUGUAGUAAAGUUAAACUUAUAAUGUUAUAUUACUAUAGGCGUGAAGAUCGCGCUUUGAACAAAAGAUAUUGAAACAUCUUUGGCAUAUUAUCUAAUUUAUCAUACAGUUAAAAAGUUAUCAAGUUAAAAGUAAUUUAGAAAUUAAUUUCUUCUGAAAUGCAAAGAAAAACUUCGAAGCGUUUGGCUUUUUUUUUUUAAAUAAAAUUCAGGUCAUUGCUCUGUAUUACAAUAUUUAAAUUAGGAAAUCAAUUUCAUUCUGUAGAUAUAAAACCAAGCUUAGAGUCUUUGAUACAAAUUAGUAAAAUUAUUUAAUUAAUUUGUAUUAAAAAUUAAAUUAAUUGUCAAAAAAAUGUAUAAUACAUACGGAUAUAUUCCUUGAUUUAAGGUAAAUAUUAGGUGUUACUAAAUCGAAAUCUUUUUUAGAUUAUCUCUAAUAAAAAAAUCAUAAAACAAAAGUUUUAAUUGAAUUAACAUGUUACUAUAACUAUAAAUUCAUUCACAGAGAACAUCUUAUUGUUUAAAUUACAUUAUGCAUAAGUAAUUAGACACGUACACGGUUAGUACGAAACUUAUAAAUAAAAUUGUUCCAUUAACCCGUGUCUGCAGCAAUUAUUGAUAUUAUUCACUAGUCCCUACCCAUUUUACAUAAUAAUAACCCAUAAUUAAAGCCCUGGAGGCAUGAAAUACACGCGCGCGAUAGCUACCUAUAAUUGUCGCAUUUAAGUAUAUUUAAUGCUUAUUUAAUUUGUAGUAGCUAGAUAAUUGAUACGACACGGCCUAUGAUAUCGAUGCGAUGUUAUUCUUAGUAUACGUAAUUGAUAUAGAUGAAAUAGUAAAAAUACAUUUAUGUAACACAAUUAUAUUGAUAUUUAAAAGGCGGACUCAAAGACAUUGCUUUUUAGUUUUCACUGGAUAUAAACGAAUAUGUUUAGGUAUUAUCAAGACAAAAAUGUGUAUUUGGAGGCAUAUUGUUAAUUAUGUUCUAUAUGAGGUGAGAUGGAAAAUGAACUCACUGGUCAAAACUCUUAAUCGAUUGAUUGAUUUAAAUAAUAAUACAUAAAACUUGCCUUGUUAUUUAUCAAUCAUUUCACAAAAAAGUGCGCUAUUGUUUUUUUUUUUUUAUGUUUACAACAAAUAAAAAAAAAACUCGCAUCUCAAUCAUUUAUUAACCUUUUCGUAAAAUUCCUUUUAUCUGAAAGGUUAUAUUUUCACUCAUCCACAUAGAACUUACAUCACAAUUGCUUUUUAAUUGAAAUUAACUGGUUUUGCUACGAUUAAAGUCGAUGUUUUUCUUUUGUGUAACAAAAUCGACUUGUUUUCCAGUCAAAUUACUAAGAGCUUUGUUUAAUAAAAUCCGCCUAUUAGUGAUCUAGGGCCUAAUACGUAUUAUAAAUAUAUUUCUGAAUGUCUGGAUAUUUGUAAAAUAGAUAAUAAUGUAAUGCAUGAAUGGCUUAACAUUUCAUAUGUUUGACGCAUAGCCCAUGAAAUGUUGAUCAUGUAGGACGGAUUUUAUGGGUAUUUUCUACGGUAGUGCAAUACAUUUCUAUUGUAGUAUUACUAUUUCUUUUUUCCAAAACAGUAAGACUAAUGUUAUUUGUCCAAGAUUGAGUACAGUGAGAGACCUAUGCGCAGUAUUGAUCGCCCACUAAAUAAAAGUAAAGCAAAGCGCCGUAUCUUCACGCUAUAGUACUAUUGCAUGCAGACAGAACCAAUGUUUACUAGGCUAAUCGAAUACAUAGAGGUCUAAAAUUAUUUUCUAAGUAAGUAGCGACCAUUAUAAUAUAAGUAUGCAUUUACUUUCGUAAAUCUGGCCUUAUUUCCUUCGUUAAUUAUUAUUGUCUAGCUGAUAGUGUAUAGAUGAGGUGGCUCAGGGUGCGUCUAGUGACGAUGCGACGAUCCCGACGGCUCACGCUACUGUAUCGUUAGUGAUAAUGUUAGACACUAAUAAUAAUGUACAAUAACACCCUCUCUGCCUUAGUGAUGCUAUUCUUACCCCCUAAUGCUAUGAUGAAAUAUCACGUUAGAACGAAAUUUAUAUGUAUCUUGUAAAUACGAAUUCUUAUUGCUGAUGUAUUAUAACGAGCACUAUGGAAAACAUAAAUUCCUAACAAUGGUCCAAACUUCACUCGCUUUUUAAUUUGUACUAUAUGAUUAUACAAUUUCUAUAUAGAUAAAGAAAUAAUAAUUAAUCUAGAAAUAAAAACUUUAUGCUUUAAUUUUUAUUUUUAAUAGAUGUAAAACUUGUAUUUGUCGAAAUGCUUAAUUUUCAUAAUUCAAAGUUUUAUGGAAAAGGUUGAUACCAAAUGCAGUAUUUUUAUUUUGUACUCUACAUCUUUGUACCCGAAUAAAAGCAAUAA